AUGCUUUUCGCAAAGUCUACUGUGCUUGUCGCCCUUUUCGCUCUUGGCAAGGUUGUUGCUGCUGCCGGCACCAGCACACCCGCCUGCCUUCUUACCGUCGUGGGCCCCGAGAACCCCGGAAACCUGAAGGCUAUCUGCAAAACCAAUGGCAAAGAAAUCCAGUCUUCGAUCAAGGACGAGUGUGGAGAUGAUGCGAAGGACGCUCUGAAGUACUACGCCGGCGUCUGCAAGGAAGCCGGCUUCGAAGUUGAUACUAGCUCUUCGUCCUCGUCUUCAUCCUCAUCCACCAGCACUUCGGAUUCCUCUUCCAGCACCUCCGGCAGCUCAACCUCUACCGGUGGUGCCAGCUCGACCGGCGGCUCGGAUUCCAGCUCUGGCUCUGGCUCUGGCUCUGGCUCUGACUCUGACUCUGACUCUGCUUCUGCUACUGAUAGUGCGGACGAGACUACCCCAACUAACGGCGCUUCCACCGAUAAGCAAGUCUCUGGCGCCGCUCUGGCUGCCGUUGUUUUCCUUGGAUUCGCUGCUACUCUCUGA